AUGGACCCCAACCACCCCGAAGCCGCUUACAUUCCCACUCACCAAAUAUUAGUUAAUAAAGUUCUCGCCUUCGACCAAGAUUUAACUGCGGGAGAAAAAGCCGAAAAACGAGAACAAACCAAAACUCAACAAAAAAACCCCGAGGAUAGUUUUUUAACCAAAAUCCACGAAUACUCGCUACUAAAUUCCGACCAUUCGGCCGCCGAAAAACUAAAAGACCAACCAGGAGGAAUUAAGCACCAAACUCAAUUUUACCCAGUAGGCGAACCGUCCGAAAUUUUUAAUAAUAACGGCCACGAACAAGCCGAAAUUUCUCCAGUCGCCGACACAGAAAAUUUUUCCGCAAUCUCCUCAUCCUCACAAUCCAGCAAACUCGAAAAAGUUAAAUGUAGGUUUUACACUUGUCCUAAUUUUCUUACCGAGGAGGAAAAAUUUUAUUGUUCGCAAUGCUACCGAAAACAAAAAAGUAGCAUAGCAAAAUACGGAUUAGAACAAGCAUUAAACCUCCGCACUUCCACGGAUAAAUUUCUAAUUGAAACAGGAGCAUUAAAUUCUCCUCUUGCCAUCGCAAAUGAAACCCAAUCAACAGACCAUUUUACCCCCGCAAGUUUGCCAAUUGAACCCACAAUCACCCCUAACCCAACCCCAAUAUUUACCACCUCCACCCGCGAUAAAAAAGCAGCCAAACAAAACGAAAAGUUUCAAACCUCCCGCCAACACCAACUAGACAGACAAAACCAACCAAAACCAAUUCCCAACAAUCCCCCGCCUUUGCCCGAAACCAAUGAACCCAAACCUAACGAAAAUUUUUCUCCUAACUUUAAGGAAAACCAUAGAGAAAAUUCAGACGAAAAUAACGAACUCAAUGACACCCCAAGCGACGAUAAUAAUGAAAACAACACCCUAGACGAACCAAGCAAGCAAGAAAACAAUUCUCCCCCAAAUAACGAACAAGAAUUUAACAAUAACGACGACAGCGGCAACAAUGAGAAUGAAGAAAAAAAGAAGUUAACCGAGAGUGAAGCCGAGGAGGAAGGAGGGAACGGAGAAAACACCGAAAAAAAUGAUAGUUGA